AUGGAUACCGAUAAUAAUUACACAGCUAACGAUGCAUAUAAGGUUACAGUAUAUUUGAACGACAUGCCUAUUUUGAUGCAGAUCGACACCGGUUCAAGGUAUAAUAUCCUACCGAUUCAUAUCGCGAAAAAGAUUGGAGUAAAAAUCUUAAAUAAAUCAGAUAUUAAAUUAACUGGAUAUGAUGGAAACACAAUAAAUGUAUUAGGUACUACCAAAUUCAAGGCAAAAUUCGAGGACAAAAGUCAAAUCUUAACUGCUUGUGUAGUCCAGAGUGAUAAGAUUGCACUGUUAGGAAGGACCUGGAUAACAGUUUUUGGGAAUAUACUAGAUAAAUUUGUGAAUAUGUUCGAGGAUGAUUAUGAUAAUACUAUACAAGAAUUAAUUAAGCAAUGCAAUUUUAAACUUAACAAAAAACCAAUGCUUCGCAGCUAUGUCAAAUUACGUUUAAAACACGAUGCCACACCGAAAAUCAUACCGCCAAGGUGUAUACCAUAUUCUAGAAUUGAUUUGAUAACAAAAGAACUUCAAAAGUGGAUAAACGAUAAAAUUAUUGAACCUGUUGUAGAUGUUAGAUGGGCUAGUCCUCUCACUUCCGUUUAUAAGAGCGAUGGCUCACUUAGGCUCUGUACCGACUUCAAAAAUACUAUCAACCCUGCUUUACAAGAUUUCAAGUACCCUAUACCACGUAUAAAUGAUUUAAUCGCAAAAUUAUCUAAAGGUAAAAAAUUUACCAAGAUAGAUUUUAAAAACGCGUUUCUCCAAAUGCCCAUACACAAAGAAUCAAGAGAUUUUCUUACGAUAUCGACACAUAAGGACUAUUAUAGGUUUACGUGA